AUCUCAUGGAUGCAAAGGUAAAAAGAACGAAACCUGCAAAAUAUAUUCCAACGGAUCUCACUCUUCAACACGUUCAGCUCCCUCUCUCUCUCUCUCUCUCUCUCUCACUCUCUCUUUCUAACCUUAUCAAGUCACUGUAAAAGUCAAGGCCACUCGAGAAGACGAACGAAACGAAUACUCGGCGAAUAUCUCCCAAAGAAUCCACAUCUUUCUCUAUCUCUCUCUCUCUCUCUCUCUUUUGGCGGGCCCUCCGGCAAGAAUGGAGCUCUUGCAGCCAUCGCACCCUCCUCACCACUCCUUACCCGGUGAUCGAUUUCACGGGCUCUCGUCCCCGCCGAGUUUUCGGUUCGGGUUUCACCGGGAGAUGAGCUCCCGAUCUCGUCUGCCUGAGAUAGUGGAGGAAGCUGGAGAUGAGAAAGUACACUUGGCGGUCGGAAAGUCCGUCGACCGAGCUGUGGCUCUGCUUCAAUGGUCUUUCAAGCGGUUUCGGAACCGAGAAAUUUGUAUUCUUCACGUUCAUCAACCUUCUCAUGCGAUCCCCACUCUCUUAGGAAAACUACCGGCAAGUCGAGCCAACGGUGAAGUAGUGGCUGCACAUAGAAGAGACGAAUGGGCACAGACAAUGAAGCUUUUAGAAUAUUACGUGAGCAUUUGCAGUACAGAAAAGGUGAAAGCAAGCAUUGUUACAAUAGAAGCUGACCAAGUUCAGAAGGGAAUUGUAGAUUUGGUGAACAGGCAUGGCAUUAGGAAGCUUGUUAUGGGGGCUGCGCCUGAAAAUUGCAUGAAGGUGAAAAAGAGCUCCAGCAAGGCAAAUUAUGCAGCCAAAAAUGCCCCUUUAUUCUGUGAGAUAUAUUUUAUCUACAAAGGGAAACAUGUGUGGACAAGAGAAGCUUCUGAAAACCCAAAUCCUUUGCCUCCCUGUAGUAAACCUGAGAUUACAAUUGAAGAAACCUUGAGAUCCAAGUCAAUUCACUGUAGUAGGAAUAAUGCAAUCCAUCCAGAAUCUCUUCGAUCAGUUUCUGCUAGAAGUACCCUCUUCACUGAAAGCAGCAACUGGGUUCAGGGUGAAACAAAACACGUCAAAGUGGAUUCAUUGGCCGCUUUAUCCCAUUCAUCUCGCAAUCUCCAAAAUUCAUUUUGUCCAACAACUAUAAGCACUGGUUCAGAAAAUAAUUCUGCUGAGAGAAUGGUGUCUUCAACUUCCGAACCAAAGGUUGAGGAAGAGGGCUUGUAUAGUCAGCUAACAGAAGCCAGGAUACAAGCUGAGGCUUCAAGGAAUGAGGUGCUUGUAGAGAUAAUGAACUGCAAAAAACUGGAGUCAGAAGCCGUUGAAGCUAUCAGCAAGGUGAACGUAUAUGAAUCUGCCCAUGCACGUGAAGUUAAGCUCAGGAAGGAGGCUGAGGAUGCAUUGAUUACUACACUACAGGACCAAGAAAAGCUCUUGGAAGAAAGAGAAGAAGUGACCAUAGAGAUACAGAAGACCAUGAGAAAUGUUGCUCUUUUAGACAGUCGUGCACAGGAAGCAAACCGUAGAUGUGACGAAGCAGCUGGUGAGCUAAAUUUAAUUCAGGCAUCCAUUGCAACUCUUAGGCAGGAAAAGCAGAGGAUCCGACGACAGAAAUUGGAAGCCCUACGCUGGCUUGAACGGUGGAGACGUGGACAAGCUGGAGCUGCAAACUGCGAUGGGUUCAUUGGUUUUGUUGAAGGAUUACCCGAGUUAGCUGAAGUUUCAUUAUCAGAUCUGCAAACUGCUACAUGCAAUUCUGAGAGUUUCAAGAUUGGGCAGGGAGGAUAUGGUUGUGUUUACAAAGGGGAAAUGUUGGGUAGAACUGUUGCCAUAAGGAAGUUCUAUCCACAUAACAUGCAAGGACCAUCAGAGUUUCAACAAGAGGUUCAAGUUCUUGGUAAGCUACAGCAUCCUCAUCUGGUGACUUUGCUUGGUGUAUGCCCAGAGGCCUGGUCCCUUGUAUAUGAGUACUUGCCUAACGGGAGCCUUCAAGAUCACCUUUAUAGAAAAAGCAAUAUUUCUCCCUUGAUGUGGAAGAGCCGAACUCGUAUCAUUGCUGAAAUCUGUAGUGCCCUUUGCUUCUUGCACUCGUCUAAACCUGAAAUGAUUGUCCACGGUGAUCUGAAACCUGGAAACAUACUUCUAGGUACUGAUCUAAGCUGCAAGAUAUGUGAAUUUGGGAUUUGCAGGCUGGUAACUGAGGAGAACCUUUACUGCCCCAGUUUCCGCCGUAGCACGGAGCCAAAGGGUGCCUUUACCUAUACAGAUCCAGAGUUUCAGAGAAUUGGAGUGCUGACACCCAAGUCUGACACUUACUCCUUUGGUCUGAUCAUUCUGCAGUUACUCACAGGAAGACCACCAGUCGGGCUGGCAGCUGAGCUGCGUAAGGCAGUUUCAUGUGGAAAAUUGACGUCAAUUUUGGAUUCAUCAGCUGGAGAAUGGCCAGCAUUUGUAGCCAGGCGAUUAGCAGACCUGGGGCUGCAAUGCUGUCAACUGAGCAGUAGAGACAGACCAGAUUUAACACCUUCUCUGGUGAGGGAACUGGAGCAGUUGCACAUCUCAGAAGAGCGACCAGUGCCAUCGUACUUCUUGUGCCCUAUCCUUCAGGAAAUUAUGCAUGACCCACAGGUGGCAGCAGAUGGGUUCACAUACGAAGGGGAAGCCUUGCGUGGAUGGCUGGAAAAUGGGCGUGAAACUUCUCCCAUGACCAAUUUGAAAUUAAGUCACUUGCAUCUUACUCCUAACAAUGCUUUACGGCUUGCUAUACAGGAUUGGCUUUGCAAAUCGUGAGAGUUCCUUUAGUAUAUAUGUAUGUUUUUUAUGUAUGUAUAUAUCCUUGGUCAUAUAUGUGUGGUGGUGCAUUAAAAUGCACCCCUUCUUGACCAUAAUAAGAGGGGGCUGAUUGGUGUUGUUUUA